GUGGAAACUUCACUGUGACUCAGUUCAGCGGAAGUGGAGGGCGAGCAAGUUGAGAGCGCGCAGCAGGUGUCAAGUGAGUUCGGCUGUGACUCGAGUGGUUUGAAUAGUGAGGAGACAAGUUGCCGUCGGACAGAAGAGUAACAACAUGUCAAACCUCAGACCCAGGCUGUGCGUGCUGGAGAAAGAGUCCAGCGGCUACGGGUUCCACCUGCACGGAGAGAAGGGCAAGACGGGGCAGUUCAUCCGGCUCGUGGAGCCCGAUACUCCCGCCUCCGCCGCCGGGCUCCUCGCGGGCGACCGCCUGGUGUUCGUCAAUGGAGAGAGCGUGGAGGGCGAGAGCCAUCAGCAGGUGGUCGCCAGGAUACGGGCCACCAACGGGGCCCUCGAGCUUAUUGUGGUGGACCCCGCCACGGCGGAGCUGCUGCAGAAACACAACCUGCUGUGCCGGAAAGAAUUCGUCACGGAGGGGAUUCCCCUGCCGGGGCAGGACAGCGACUCAGACCGCGGGGACGCACAGAGCAACGGCACCCCGAGGGAGUCUACCCCCGUCCCGCGUGAGAACGGGGAUGCUUCCUCGGAGAGGUCGGGGAGGCUGAGUGUUAGCUCCAGCACCAAGGAGGAGAGAGCCGGCCCGCGGCCUCGUCUCUGCCAUAUGAAGAGGGGACCCAGCGGCUACGGCUUCAACCUGCACAGCGAGAAGUCCAAACCGGGCCAGUUCAUCCGAGCCGUGGACGAAGACUCUCCGGCACAGAGAGCAGGCCUCAGACCACAGGACAAGAUCAUCCAGGUGAAUCGGGUGUCGGUGAUUGGCAUGCAGCACUCAGAGGUGGUGGCAGCCAUCAAAGCAGGUGGAGACGAGACCACGAUGCUGGUGGUCGAUGCUGAGACUGAUGAGUUCUUCAAGAGAUGCAACGUCCUGCCCACUGAGGAACAUGUCACUGGACCUCUUCCUGAGCCGGCGUCAGAAAGAGCAUCAGAGGAGGAGGCAGUAGCAGUGGAGAGGAAGACCUCAUCAGCCUCCAACACCUCCCUGCCAGCAGUGACCAGGAGCUCCCCUCCUCCAGAGAUGGAGCCGGCCCCGGGAGCUGACGGUCUGGGUCUGGGCAUGUCACUGGCCCAGGCCAAAGAAAGAGCCCGGCAGAAGCGAGCUGCCAAGAAAGCCCCGGCCAUGGACUGGAGCAAGAGGAACGAACUGUUCAGCAACUUGUAAACAUAAUCAUCAUCUUCAUCAUCAGGUCCUCCUCCUCCAGAUCGUCUGUGCUGCCCUCUUUGCCCUCUCCUUUUUUUUUUUUUUUUUUUUUACAUCGUCACACUGUGCACAAACCCGCAGUGUUUAUUUUAAACUCCCAUGUUAAACAGUAUUAUAUUAUUAUGAUGAUUUUGUUUUAAUUUAGGGUUGUGCCACUUUUACUUCACAUUUGAAUAAUGGUUGAAAUAUCAACAUCACACACAGAAAUGAAUGUUAAUGUAUUAAGAAGAAUGUUUAAAAGAGAAAUAUAGUAAUGUAAAGUUUGUCUCAUGAGAAGGACUGUUGGGACAGAGAUUAAGAACCAGAUUUUGCAUCAAAAUGCUAAAAAAACAAACAAACAAAAAAAAACGUUAAAAUGAAAGUCAGAUUUUGAUGUCUGCAAUCCGCAACUACAAUGAAAGAAUAUAUAUUAUCGUGUCUGUAUCUGUGAAUGAACAAUGCUGAAUUACUCUCCUGAGCCCUGAUUGCCAACAGAACCAUUCCGGGACACUGUGUUUUCCUGUCGGGGCGCUGCGUGAACUCCAUCAGCGUGUUGAAGUCUUACGAUGGCUGAAGGGACUGUGUAUGUGUGUGUGUAUGUGUGUGUAUGUGUGUGUAGUGUUUAGUAUGAUGAAAGCUCUGACAGCCUUACUGGAAACUCUUCUUCAUGUCUGUCCAGCCAUCCUUCCCUCCGGGGCUUCUGUCAUCAUAUAUGGAAAAUGCAGAUUAUUUUUUCAAGUUGCUCUUUAUAGAUUUGUACUGUACAUACACAAAUAAAUGAUUUAAGAUUGA